CCGAGCGGUUGCCGGCUUACUUCUCUCCUCUCUAAAUUGAGAUGUGUACGCAUUAAACUUGAGUUUCCUCUCCUUUACAGCUUGUUGUUGAUGUUAGAAAAGUACAAGGCAGGCACAGUUACCUAACUGGCAGGUGACCGCGUUUGAAUAUGCUGACCAUCACUCUGAAGGUGCUGACUCUCCUCUGUGCAUCCCCUCAGCCUGUAUCCCUGAACUUCCUCGUGCAUUACAAAGGCAGAGCAGUCAAGGCAGAGGCUUCAGUGUGUCAGAAAGAGGGUGAAGAGGGGGAAAAGCAGAGGAGAAGACUAUUUGGACGGAGCAGAGUGUGUGUUCAUGUUUGUAUGUUUCGCCAUUGGACAGCCGGGUGAAGGGGCACAAGGAGAAGAGUAGCAGGAUUAGGAGGAGAAGAGGGGAGCCUGCCUGGAUGAAAUUCUAUGUGUCAUGUCACUGCGCGUGGACCUUGACUGAUCACAGGUUGAGGGAAAAGGGAGAGAGACGCUGAGCAGAAGACAAGGAGGUGGAGAAACUAAGACUUGGGGUGCACUGGGAAAAGAAGAAGAAGAAAGAGGAGGUGGAGGAGGAGAAGGAGGUAAAGUCUUGUUCCAUCAUGACACUGUUGGAUAAACGAGCCAACGGAUUGAGCGCGCUUCAGUUGUGUGUCAACAGGAAUUCGCCUUAGAAGAAAGAAAGGAGAGCCAGGAAGAAAAGAAGGACUCUGGAAGAGUAAAGGCUGCUGUGUUCAACCCAGCUAAGGAGCAGGGACUGGACUUACUGAGUGUGUCUGUGUGUGUGUGUGUGUGUGUGUGUGUGUGUGUGUGUGUGGCUGUGUAACUGGUGGAGGGCAGAGGAGUGGAGGGCCAGGGGACUAACCUGGCCAUCAAACGGACUGGCAGCCUCUCCUCUCCUGGGAUCAUGUACCCUCAGGGCAGGCAUCCGGUCCCCUUGCAGCCUGGCCAGUCUUUCAAGUUCACAGUCCUGGAAACCCUGGAUCGUAUCAAGGAGGAAUUCCAGUUCCUCCAGGCGCAGUAUCACAGCCUGAAGCUGGAGUGUGAGAAGCUGGCCAGUGAGAAGACUGAGAUGCAGAGGCACUACAUCAUGUACUAUGAAAUGUCCUACGGUCUCAACAUUGAGAUGCACAAACAGGCAGAGAUUGUCAAGCGUCUCAGUGCCAUCUGUGCUCAGAUCAUCCCUUUCCUCUCUCAAGAGCACCAACAACAGGUGGUCCAGGCUGUGGAGAGGGCCAAGCAGGUUACCAUGGCUGAACUCAAUGCCAUUAUCGGGCAGCAGCAGCUCCAGCACCUGUCUCAUCACGCCCCUGGCAUCCCUCUGACGCCACACCCAUCAGGCCUGUCCCUGGGCGCGGGGGGCUCAGGGCUCCUUGCGCUGACAGGUGCCCUGGGGGUCUCGGCACACCUUGCCUCCAAAGAUGAGCGCAACCACCUUGACCCUGAACAUCUCAGAGAGGGAGCACCCAGCAGGAGUAAGUCAGCAUCAUCAACAGACAGUCAGCCACCUGAGGAGCGCCAGGGCCCGUCAGGAGGCUAUUCCUCCUCUCAGGGAGGCGCUGAGGCAAAGAGGAGGCGCUGUGAUGACAAGGAGCCGCUUGCGCCACACUCCUAUGACAGUGAUGGAGACAAGAGUGAAGACAAUCUCGUAGUGGACGUCUCCAAUGAAGAGCCAAACUCUCCUGUGGGCAGCCCUCCUCACUCCCCCCACGGCAAUGGGUUAGACCGAGCUCCAACCCUGAGGAAAGAGCUCCCGGGCUCCUCUAGCACAGGGGAGGCCCCUUCUACCCCAAACCCCCGCAGCCCCACCCCAGGGAAAUCCAAGGACCCUGCACAGAUGGAUAAGUCCCAGUCACCACUGUCCAAGUCUGGCACCCCCUCCCCGUCCCACCGUGAGGCCCUAACCCCUGGAGCACCAGGAGCGCCUGGUCCCAGCACCUCCUGCCUUCGUCUAGUCAGCAAAGCAGCAUCCAGUGCAGACCCCCUUGCUCUCCGCAGUCCUAUGUCUGUGCCCCCCGGUUCAUACCCGGCUCAUUUUGGCGUGGUGUCCCACGCAGGACUGAAUGGGGAGCUUGCCAGCCCAGGAGGUUUCGGUGGGGCUCUGACUCUCUCCCCACAAAUCAGCGCAGCAGCCAACGCCUACUCCCGGAGCCCCAUGGUGGCGUAUGACUCUCGGUCUCACCUGAGGGCCCCAGGGCUGUCCUCUUCUCUGCCUGGUUCCUCCGGUGGCAAACCUGCCUACUCGUUCCACGUGAGCGCAGACGGCCAGAUGCAGCCGGUGCCCUUUCCUCCUGACGCCCUGCUGGGCCCAGGUAUCCCACGACACGCCCGUCAGAUUCACAGCCUGAACCACGGAGAGGUGGUGUGCGCCGUCACCAUCAGCACCUCGACACGCCACGUCUACACCGGAGGAAAGGGCUGCGUCAAGGUGUGGGACAUCAGCCAGCCAGGAAGCAAGAGCCCCAUGGCCCAGCUGGACUGUCUGAACAGAGAUAAUUACAUCCGCUCCUGUAAAAUCCUCCCCGACGGGCGAACCUUGAUUGUUGGUGGUGAGGCCAGCACACUGUCGAUCUGGGAUUUGGCCACGCCCACCCCUCGCAUCAAGGCGGAGCUGACGUCGUCUGCUCCCGCCUGCUACGCUCUGGCCAUCUCCCCAGACAACAAGGUCUGCUUCUCCUGCUGCAGCGACGGCAACAUCGUGGUCUGGGACCUUCAUAACCAGACUCUGGUCAGGCAGUUCCAGGGCCACACAGACGGGGCGAGCUGCAUCGACAUCUCCAACGACGGCACCAAACUGUGGACGGGAGGGCUGGACAACACUGUCCGCUGCUGGGACCUCCGGGAGGGACGCCAGCUUCAGCAACACGACUUCACCUCGCAGAUCUUCUCCCUGGGCUACUGUCCGACAGGCGAGUGGCUGGCUGUGGGAAUGGAGAGCAGUAACGUGGAAGUCCUGCACGUCUCCAAACCUGACAAGUACCAGCUGCACCUGCACGAGAGCUGCGUUCUCUCCCUCAAGUUCGCCUACUGCGGCAAGUGGUUCGUGAGCACAGGAAAAGACAAUCUGUUGAAUGCAUGGAGGACACCAUAUGGAGCCAGUAUUUUCCAGUCCAAGGAGUCCUCGUCCGUGCUGAGCUGCGACGUUUCCCCGGACGACAAGUACAUAGUGACAGGCUCCGGGGACAAGAAGGCCACGGUGUACGAGGUGGUGUACUGAGGGCCGGGACGAGAUGGGAAGAGACAGGACGGAGAUUUUUGGGGUGUUUUUUUUUUUUCUUUUCUUUUUUUGUUUCGCAGGAUGGGGGAGGGCGACCAGUCGGCCUGCCAACCGCUCCUGAUCCUCAUUACAUCAGCAACAACAGCACCUCCGUCUCAGUACUCCUGACCCUCACCCCUAAUACAUCACCCCCUCUCCCCCUUUUUUUGCUGUGAUAUAAGCUACCAUGGAGGCUCCCAAAUGCCCCCCCCCCUCCACUCUCAGCCCAAGGAUGAGGCAUGAUAGCAGCGAGAGAGAGAGAAAGGAAAGCAGCGAGAUAAGAAGGACAAAGGAAAAAGGGCGGUGGAGCAUAAAGAUAAAGUCAGGAAGCGAAAAGAGGGAAAGACAAGAAGGAGGAGAGAAAGCGAGAAGGAAGAGAAAUGACAGGGAGGAAGAGGAGGAGGGAGAGGGGGAGGUGGAGGGUGGCAGGGUAAUUAGGGCUGUUUCCUGAUUAAGAGCUCAGUGGAAGGGAGGCCCCCAGAGGAGGCGCGGAGCGGCACUGUGGGAGCGCCAGCCAGGAGCACUGAUACCACACAAUCGAUUCAUUAGCCAGACAGUGGAAGCCUUAAUGAGGCUGACGCCGCAGCUCGCUCUCCCCAGCGAGAGGUGUCAGGAGCUGGGGAACGAUGACGCUCCGAGAUGGAGGGGGGCCGCCUCAGAUAUCCUCACACACUGACAUGAAACGCAGACCCGCUCACAAACACUCCGCUACACACACAAGGCACACGUCAUCGGGCGAGAGUACACACACACACACACACACACAUUCACGGAUACACCCCCUUGAGGUAAUCCUAUGAAGACAGAAACACACACACACACAACACACAGAGCACCCAAUUAAACAUUCAUCGCAGCGCUCCCCGUCUCACUGCUUAAUAUCUAUUUUAUUUUGGUCUGACAAAGGCAGCGUCUAAUGAGCAGCCGAGUCAAUGGGAUUCUCCCAGGGCCCACAGACACAAACAGAGAACAUCAGCCGAGCUGUUCCCUCUAAUUCCUCUGGAUUGUUCUCCUGACACCGGGCGCUGCACUCACUCUCAUUAAAGGCACUGUCAGCUAGAUGAAGUAGCAGCACGCCAACUUCACUGUAAGGCAGACAAGAGGGCAAAUUAACACCACCCGAUUACGCCGCCAUCAGCAGCCGACUAAGCAGCGACUUAUCCGAAUCCUUUCAAAUUUUAUGCAACCGGUUGCUGUUUUCAUUUGCAAAGCAGAUGAGAUUACAUGUUUAUCGGAGUCAUUAUCUCCGUCUCUGCCUGCCUGCUGAUGUGCUAGUGUUCUCUGGCUAAAUCUUGUUCGGUAAGCUAUUGAUUGCUGUUAAUUGAGAUGUUAAACACCUUAAAGGAAAAGUUUGACGUUUUGGGAUUAAAACUCAUCAGCCCUCUUGUUGAUGUUUAGAUUAGAAGAUUGAUUCCAGUCUAUUCUUUGUAGGUUGAGUAUGAAGCUACCAGCAGCAGCAUGCUAACCCAGCUCAACAUAAAGACUGAAAAGAGGCAAACGGUAACAAAAUCAACCAACCAGCACAGUGGAAGUUUACCAGUUAGUCAGUUAUAUCUUGUUUGUUUAUUCUACUUGAUCUCCCUAUAGACAACACAGUUAGGUUCAGACCCCAAAACUACUUGGUUAGGUUUAGGAAAAGAUAAUGGUUUUAGUUACAGUGAGUUCCGCAAGCAAAAUUUUAGUAUUUAGUAAAAAGGGUUAGGGUUAGACUGUCAUUUCCAGUCUUUAUGCUAAGCGAAACUUACCGGCAGCUGGCUGUUGCUCUCUUUACUCCACCAAGGUAAGAGUGGAAUCCUCCUUCUCAUCUAACUUUUAGCAGAACGGGAAAAAGCUUUCCAGUUUUUUUCCAAAAUGUCAAACCCUUUUCCUUCAAACCAGAUUCUUACUUUUUCGAUUCUCCUUGUAUCAUAUCCCAAAACCAGCAGGCAAACUGUGUAUCAGAGCGCUCUGCUUCUAUAGAACAUGCGUCACCAAUGUGUAGACUUACAAAAAAAAGGCACAUUUCAAGCUUUUCUUUUAUUACUCAUUUAUUUCAGUAUUUUCUAUGAAUAGUGAUUGCUCGUUUUAUGUACUGAUAUGUUUAUGUAUUGGGGGUUUGCCCAUGACUGCGUUUCGGGUUCAGGGGGAUCAAACACAGAGGAAAAUAAAGUGGAGCACAGACAGGGGAUUAUAUUUUUGUUCUUUUAACUUUUUUUUUUAUUUCAAAACUGUAUUCUUUUUUUUUUUUUUUUAAUCCUUGGUGAUGGUGACAGGCAGAGGGCGUCCAACAUCAGCACUCCCGUGUAAAGAAAAAGAAAUCCUCUGUCUUCUGUUUGUUGUUUUUGUUUUUUAUUCCCUUCAUUUCAACUGUGCAAGUCAAUGUGCUAUAGUCUGUUUUCAGUCCUUUAUCGUGCAACUGAGCUAUGUCUCUGCUGAGUGUGUGGUCAGUGUACAGCGGACAACGGCUGCGACAUGACGAUACAGAAUAAGCCAUCGGCGAGGUCCCACUUUUUACUGCAUGCAAACGCUCCACUCGCGCUGAUAGAACAAGACAAAUCAUUCAACGGUGUAACAGCUGCAGUGUGACAGAGGGAUGAAUUUUACUUUACAGUAUGCAAAUUAUGCUCCAGUUGUAUAAACUUUUAGCAAGAUGUGUCAUGUUGGUCACUGCAGCACAGAAGAAAUCAUUCGGGACUCCGACAAUGGCUACUGUACCAGCGAGGAGUCAGAGAUCAUCUGUACAGUUCAAUGCCUUCGCCUGCCUCUUUCCCUUUCUGCCAGUCAGCCACAGGCAGACCUGAAUAAGCUUGUAUACUACUCAGAGCAAUGCUGUAUAAUGGCUAUGCAUUCGGUGGUAUAGUGUGAAUAUUUGGGACAUUGUAUUUGAUACUCUUCUUCAGCUGUCAGUAGCGUCUCUCCCCCUCCUCUGCCUGUGCUUUCUCUGUUCCAACACUAUAAAAAGUUUGUAUUUCUGUUUUACAAGCCCAUGUUUGGUUUCUCUUUUAAAAAGCCAAGGAACCUUACUUUUUUUUUUUUCUUUUUUAAAUGCACCGUGUCUUAUUCCCUCCUGAUGCAUUUCCAAUGUGCUGUACAUGAAAUACUAUGUGUGAAAAAUAAACCAAACUUGUGUUCAUCCUU